GUCAUCAUGAGCUCAUCUUUCCAAAAGCGAUGAAAACACAACUUUGACCAAAACAGACCCCUAUGUACACGAGUACACGAUGUACACUUGGUAGAAUUAGUUCGGAACUGGGUCACGGUGUUGGCUCCUGAAUUUUGGCACUUCAACCACUUCAUAGAGCGGAGUGAGGCUGCGUCGCUGUGGGUGUGAGUCAGAGAAGUCGUGUGGGAGGAGUUAAAGUAAGAUGGCUGCGGGAAAGAGAAGAGUGUUUGAGAAAUCAUCUAAUGGGAUGUUUAUCUGCUGUUAACAGGAUGUACUGCAGCUUCAAUGGAGGAGGGGUUAAUUUGUUAGCUCCCUCGGCUCAGUAUGGUCUAGCUCGCCAGUUGUCUCCAGGUUUCUUGCGUGCUGGUCUUCGGUUUACUGCUCUGACAUUGUGGAAUUCAUUUGAGGCUAGUCGUUAGCUCCCAACCAGCGCUAACUUACUAGCAACCAGCUAGCAGGUAUCGGUGGAAAACAGCACCUCACAACAGCUAUCGAAAUUCCUGAAAAUAUUCUAUUCACUGACAUUCAGAGAAGAAGAACGGAAGGGGGUUAUUGCUGAAUGCCUGAAAAAGGAAAUAUUGGCAUUGGCCUCAAAUGAAUUUUGCCAACACGUCAACGCAGAGUGCCUGUCCUGACUGGCUAUGGAGUGGUGUUGGCUUCAGACUGGAUGACAGGGUCUACAGGGAGGACAGGGUCACACAGAUUUUAAAGCAGCACCGGGCUUUUCCUCAACAUUGCGUACACUGAGUGGCAGUGACAGCGUGUUUGCAGCUGACCUCCUUCUCUCUGUUCGAAUACAACCACCCCCGCCCUCAUUUUCCCUCUCGCCUCCUCCUUGACACAGUACCUUUUCCUUUUCUCUUUACUCUCUGCCAUCUGGUUGGUCUAUACUCUGACCCUUGUACUGGAACUCAUUCUCUUGUCUUUGAGUUCUUCUGACCUUUGACCUGCCUCUCACUGGGUCCAGUAUGAGCUGGCUGAGCAGGUUGAACCCGCGAGGUCCUGGUAGUCGGUCAGGCCGGAGCGCCGCCCCCUCCAGCCCGUGCACUGCUGACCCGGAGACCUGCCUCAUGGUGUUUGAGAACCACUGGAGACAAGUCUCUUGGGUGUUGGAGCAGCACGAGCCUUCAUCCUCCAGCGAUGACCUGACAGCAGUGAGAAAUCACACCGACCAGAUGUUAUGUCUACUGGCAGAGGAGCGGCCUGCUGAGAGCUCAGAGGGCGGUGCCAGUGUGCCACCUAUGGGUCCCAUACUGGAGCUGGUGGUCACUGAGAAUAUUCUGGAGUGCCUGGUUCAGUGGCACCUCCGCAGAGGCCUUGACCCAGAUAGCCAGGGGGCGCUGCUCAAACUGUUUGAGAUGCUCAUUGGCCAGUCUCAGCAGCCUCUGCUGCAGCACACAGCCGUCCUCCACCCCCUGCUGAGGCUGCUGGGAGCGUGUGCGGACCCAGAACUUGGUUGCCCUUCAAUGCUGGAAAACAGCCUGGUACUGCUGCUCAACCAGGUCUGUGUGUCUAUGGCGCGGCAGCCUGUGGUUCUAGAGAUGUUGUUCCGGGCGGCACCUGCUCAACAGGGCUCUACUAACCUGCUGAUCUUCUCCUUGCUUGUGCCAUUCAUCCACCGGGACGGAGCUAUUGGACAGCAGGCCCGAGAUGCUCUGCUCCUGGUGAUGGCAGCUUCAGCCAGUCACGAGGCCGUGGCACGUUACAUCGCCGAGAACUCCUACUUCUGCCCAGUGUUGGCAACCGGCCUCAGCGCUCUCUACUCCUCUCUGCCCAGGAAGAUUGAGGUCCGAGGAGAUGACUGGCAUGCCCUGCGGCAGGAGGACUGGAUGGGCGUGUCAUCGCUCGUGCUGUUUAUGAACUCGCUGGAGUUCUGCAACGCUGUGGUUCAGGUGGCACAUCCCCUUGUCCGCUCUCAGCUCCUGGACUACCUCCACAACGGCUUCCUCAUACCUGUCAUGGGCCCUGCGCUGCACAAGUCGUCGGUGGACGAGAUGAUCGCCAGCACUGCCUACCUGGACCUUUUCCUGCGCAGUGUGUCAGAGACUUCCCUCUUGAAAACCUUCCUGCGAUUCAUCCUGCUGCAUCGUCACGAUAACGACACCAUCCUGGACACACUGCUCACGCGCAUCAGCAGCAAUUCAAGGCUCUGCAUGGUAUCGUUGAGCCUCUUCAGGACUCUUCUGUCCCUGAACUGUGAAGACGUCAUGCUGCAGCUUGUUCUCAGGUAUCUGCUGCCCUGUAACCAUGUAAUGCUGAGUCAGCGUCGCGCUAUCCGGGAGACUGACAUGUACGGAAAAUCAGCGGACAAGUUCCUGUCUCUGAUCCCAGAGUGCUGCCGGCUUAAUGCAGCGCCUUCUGCUGAGCGGGAUGAGGACAGUGCAUUCCGGGGCAAAGUACUGAACAGUCCCAGCACAGAGUCUCCAGCCCCACCCAGACCCAGCACCCCAUCUCGCUUAGCCUUCUUCAUCCGCCAACAGAGCAGCGGCGGUGGAUCAGGAGGAGGAGGAGGUCCCUCUACCCCCACUGGAAUGGAAACGCUGCAGUCGGGUUCUUCCAGCUCCCACCCCUUGUCCCCUGACAGCCCAAUGCAUCAACAGCAGGCUCACACAGAGUGUCUGGACUGGGAUUCGGGUUACCUGGAGUACCUCAAAGAUGCCCGGCGGGGCAUUGAGCUCUGCUCCUGGGCCUGCCGUGACUGGUCAGCGCCCUAUGAUGGAGAAAACCCAUCCCCUAACACAGUCCCUCCACCCCCACCUCCGCCUACCUCCAAUGCCUCCAUGGCAAUGUUCCCUGAGCACUUCUCUUUCCAGCAGGCAGGAGGCAAUAAUACCCCUCCAGGCCAACAGAGGGCGGCUAUUGUGGCUGCAGCACGAUCCGAGUGGAGCAGCUCUGAACGGGACAGUGGAGAGUGGGAUGUCACGAUUGGCAAAAACAACUGCAUCAGCCUCACGCCACGCUCCAAGAAACGCAGCCUGCAGAGAGAGGAACUUCUGCCAAAGCCUAUACCUCAUCUUGUCCCCUCCUCCUCGUCUUCAGCCACCCCUUUAUCAGCUUCCCUCCCUGCUUCAUCCCCAGCUCCUCACAUUCCGGUUUCUCCCAUCACUGUUAGCUACCAGGCCAUGUAUAAUGGCACGUUGGGGCAGGAGGACGGGUGUUCAGACAAUCGAGACAGAGGAUUGGAGGUAAAGAAAGUGAAGAGAGACUUAGGGGAGCAGCAAUAUUUAGAUGAAAACGCAAAUCAAAAUGGAUCCCUGGUCACCUGCUCCUCCCAAAGCUGCACGGCCCUCCCACAGUCCAUUUUUAGCAACAGUGAAAUGAGUGAUGCAAAAUCUCAUUGCGCUAACCAGAUUCCCUCUCAAAGCCCCAUUGCCCAGCCAGUGUCUGACACCAAACUGCUGACCAGCAACACCUCAAACCCGCACAGUGCAUCCUCAUAUCUUCCAGAAGCCAACCAGGUGCAACAGUCUGUAGAGAGUCUCAUCCAGGAGCUGCUGGAACAGGCACCAGGAGAACCACAGCUACCUGGGGACUCCAACGGACAGGGAAUCAGCAUCGAGGCCUUCACACAGGAGCUGAGAGAGCUGGAGGACCGGGUGAAGGAGCGCACCAAAGCAGCCUGCCAGCAGGAUGAAACUACCAGGGAGUCCCUAUCUGCUGAGCAGCAGGAGAACGAACAGCAGCUGUCUUCAGCCCAGGAGGUGAAGCUCGCUGGUGACACAAAGGGGGAAGGAUCUGUGGUGGGCCUUUGUAGUCCUGUUCGACCACUAAAUCAGCCUGCCUCUCAUCCAUACACAGUUGUUGUCUGGGCAGGUCCCUUCAUGGUGGUUCUGUUUGCCAAGCUGGAGAACAUGCUCCAAAACUCGCUGUACGUCAACAUCCUGCUCACGGGCAUUGUGGCCCAGCUGGCCUGCUAUCCUCAGCCCCUCCUACGCUCCUUCCUGCUCAACACCAACAUGGUCUUCCAGCCCAGCGUCAAGUCACUGAUCCAGGUCUUAAGCUCUGUGAAGAACCGCAUCGAGGCAUUUGCAGCCUCCCACGAGGACUUCCCAGCCAUGCUGAAGAAAGCCCAGCAGUACCUGGUGGCCCGAGGCAAAGUGGACUGGACGCCUGCAGCAGUUCCUCCUCUGCGACGCUCUGAUUCACUAGUGAAGAGUCGUAAGACAUCUCUUGGAGAUCUGAUCCUGCGUCACACCAACAGCCCCACCCGGGCUCGACAUGCUGCUCAGCUGGCCCUCGCACACGUACGGGACGGUGGCCAAUCACUGCACAGCGCUCUGUUCAGGGGCGGUGGAGGUGGAGGGGCCACCAGCCUGGAGAAGCAAGCAGAGGCGCUGCGAGUAAAAAACGCUGUGUACUGUGCCGUCAUCUUCUGUGAGUUCCUGAAGGAGCUGGCUGCCCUGGCUCAAGAGCACGCUGUCACUCUGCCUUUCCCUCGCAGCCAGGAGGCAGAGGAAUAGACGGUAAACUCCUCAAAUCUAGCUCUUAGCCUCCGUUAGCCUCCAUUUUUUUGUUUGUGCUGUAAAGAGAGUUAUCUAGGAUCCUCUCAUCACGAGAGGGUAAACUGGAGCACUGAGACUUUUCUGUCACUGGAGAGGGUUGUCUGCAAUGACACAGACAGAAAGCGCGAUGAAAGCAGUGGCGUUUUUGUACCAAAAUCAUCAUGGAACACGUAUAGGACUGUAAGAAUUUUCAUCAAUUGUAAACUGUAAACCUUAUGAUGAUAUUGUUCAUAUCAUGUAUUAUAUUUACAUUCUAUACACAGAAAAUCUCUGUAAAUGCUUGAUAUUUGGGAGCGUGUACAUAUACAUACCAUGUCACGGUAUAAUGUGACACAGUAAAGCCACAGAUAAAAGAAAUAGGUGCACAUAUUGGUGCUAGUCGAUACUCUUUUUCUUUUAAGUUGAAAGGGUGCUUUCAGGCGGCACAGAGGAGACGAAGCUUUUGUCCUCAACAAAAUUCUGACUAACACCAAAUAUUGCUUGGCCGGAAAAACACUGAACACAGUGUAGGAUGCUCAAUCGACUACAAAGUGAUCCAGUCGGCUUUGGCCACCUCUGUACGACAAGCUCAUAUUCACUCUCAUCUAAGAGCUUUUUGUCAAGGACUGACCAAUAAUGAAAGCCGACAGAAAAACAGCAAGAGUUCCUAGUAAGAAGAGGCCACACUGCUGCAAAGACUAGACAUCAGUGAAUGAGAUGAAAACUGAAACUCAUAUGUGAGUUUGAGUGGCACUUUCUCUCCCGUGAAUUAGCACGAGCACCACAGAAGUACUGGAAAUCUUUGGCUAAUUAAUGCCAUUUUUAAAAAAAAAAAAUGUUUUGUUUGAAAUGUUGAAAUGUUUUGUCUUUUGCAUUUGCACCAUUUUCAAGACAUAUCAGCAACGUGCGUUUGCGUAUGAGUUUAUUUGAACGAAUGACGCCAGCUCGUCAGGCCAUCAAUAAGCCAUUCACCUACUGCCAUAAAAGAGGCUGUGUGAUUGACAAGACAGCACUGCUUUACAAUUCAUACCUUUUGUGUGUCAUUUAGUCUUUUUAAAAGACCCGAGAGUAUGUGAGAGACAGGCGAGAAGGGAAGGAGUUUUAUUUCUAGGGAGCUUUUGGCACGGUUUCCAUUCACUUUGAACUGACAUUUGAAAAAGGUAUUGAGGUAUUCGCUGACUUUAAACAACACAUCUUUUGUGAGCUAAAGAUGAAGCUUGUAAGAAGCAUUCUCCAUUUCACUUUUUUCAUUUUUGUUUUAGCUUCAAAGUAGUGACUCUUAAGAAUGAGAUGGGACAAACUGAACAUACAAAGUUGUUCAGCUUGGAAGUUAACAUGCUGCUAUUUUUCAACACUAACACUCAUUUUUAGUAGUGUAAUAUCUCCUGUCUCUUCAUUUCAUUAUAGGUACCAAGUACAAAUGUGUGUGUGGAUGUGGAGGAGUCGUUUCCAGUAUUGUGAUCAGAAUUUAAUUUAUUUUUUUCGCGUGUGAGGUUGAAUGAAGUUCCAGCCACACAGUGUUAAAAGCUUUUGCCAAGACAGAAUUCCCAUGCAGCUCUUCAUUUUACCUCACUGUUGAAGAAACCUUUGAGGCUUUGAAUUGUUGCAUGUUGGGGUUUUUUUUAGUUUGUUUUGUUUUUUUAAGAUGGCCAUUCUUUAUUUUACAGGUCUGUAAUGCCCUAACAAAUUUUCUGGUUCUGUGCUGUACAGAAGGGAAAUUAUGAGAGAAAAAAAAAAAUGAAGCAUCACCUGCAUGACUGCAAUCCAUUUAAAAAGUCCAUCUAAUUUUAACCCAACUUUUUAUGAAAUCAUUUAGAAAUCAUAUCCUGCACAUAAUAGCUAUUUUCUCUCAAUUUUUAGCAGCAGAGAAUAAUAAAUGAUAAAUGCUCUUGCCAUCCUGCAGAGUCUUAACCUUUGAAAUUAAACACACACAUCAUGUUCUGACAACUUGUCGAAGCCAUAGUUUGUAAAUGUAGUACUUCAUUACUCCUGUAACUCACUUUUCUAUGGAAUUUUUAGACACAUUUCGUAACACUCCACAAUUUUUCAAAUGCCAUUAGGUAAGGAUUUCUGCAUGCCAAUUCAGGCCAUGUUUAUAAUGAAAUAAUAAUUAAGUAGUGUAGAGUAAAUUUCCUUUGGUUUGUGCAAUAGUGCAGAGCUUAACUGAGCUUCCAUGCAGUAGAUUUUAGUGGUUAGUGAGUCAUCCUGGUGCCUACAGAGAUCAGCGACGGCAACAAGAACACAUUUCACACUGAAUGUUUCCUCUCGGCUAAUUAAAUUGGUAGAGAAAUCACGUCUGUAUUUUACCCACUGCCAUCCGUCCAGCCAUCUGUUCACCUGUUCUGCUGUUCGUCUGUGUGUGCAGAACAAGGUUAAUGUUUCUGAUGUGCAGGAAAGGCCAGGGGGUCUCAUUCCCCUCCAGGUUCUUCUACUUCUACACUCAAGAUUGUGUCUUUUAAAGUAACUAUUUUUACAAAUUAUUCCGUCAGAGAGUGGUCAUACUUUUAGCACGGUGGUAAAUGCUGAGCUUCUCAGACCACUUGUUGAGUUGGUCAGUAGCGUUUUAACUUUAGCAGCUUCAGUCAGUUAGCUGUAUUCCUUCGAUGCAUUCAUUAUCACCAAAGACAAUCUCUGACAGUACCUGACCCCCCCCCCUCCUCCAGUGUUUCUGUUUAAACAAUCAUCGACAGUUUCACGGUACAUAACAACCUUGUUUAUGUAGUGUUGUAAUGUUGAGAGUAAUUUCAAAUGAUCCCACAAAAAAAAGCUGCCACUACCUAAUGUAAAACAGUUUACAGUACGCCAAAUAGGCGUAAAUGUUGAAGGACAGAAAACAAUUGUACUCAUCAUGUUUGUUGGUGCUACAGAGUUGUCAGAUGGUAGAACCGAUGGUCAAACCUCAAGACCCGAUCUGUAAUAAACCUGGAUUGUCUUUGGAAAGGUGAUUUUUGCCAGCUGAAGCUGAUUACAGGGCAAUGCAUGUUUCAGUUUUGUGUUUCAGUGUGAGAUUCAGUUCAUAAAAAGGGAUGCUGCUCAGUCAUUUUGAGUUGCAGUACUUGAAUUGUUGGCAUUGGUCCUCCUAGGCAUAACAUUUUGCUGAUUUGCCCUCUGCACCUGUCUACACCACCCACAGUCAUUUUUCACUGCUUUAUUUAUUGUUUAUUUUUCUUUCAUUGUUUAGAAAACAAAGACAUAAAUGCAACAAAGUUUGUAAGUUUUAAGUAUUUUUUUAUAAGGGAUUGUAUCCUAUCAGGGACUUUGGCCUGGAUUUGUCAGAUGACACACUGUAAUCAGCGAUUAAUUUAGUGCAACGCUGAUAUGGUGAAAACUCAAUGCGCACACAGUGAAAUAAACGUUUGACCAAUGUGAUCUAGGCUGCGUAGUUCCUGAGAUGGAGUAUUCAACUUUGUGGUAAUUGUUUUUCAUACAGAAGAAUGAAUGGCAACAAACAGCUUCCUCUGCUGGUAGAAAAAUGACCUCCCCACACAAAUAAAAACAAACUGUCCAGACACCAGUCAGGAUCACGGACUGGAGGACAACCAGAUGAAAAUACCAAAACACCAAAAGUGAUUUAAAUUCCUUAGACAUACAUUAGAUUACUUUACAUUUUGUUUUUUGACAGCAGCUGCCACGGCUGGAUAGUGAAACCAGUCCUGAAAUGUCUUUAACUCCUUUAAAAGUCUUGACUGUAAUGAUUCUUUAGAGGAAACCAAAUUCAUUUAAAAAAAAGUUAAAUGUAUGUAUUUUAUUAUUAUCACAGAGCACGUCUUUGUGAUGCCGUGAUGGCUACUGUGUCCUCGUUUCUCCCCAGCUCUACUCAGACUCUGACUUUAUUUACUGGAUCAAAGUGUGAUCUGUUGAAUCUGUUAACUGACAAAGAUGAGAUGGUGCUGAGUGGUAAACCCAAAGCUAAGCUUCAGAAAAUGUCACAGAUUUUCUUUCUCUUUUCCUGCUGUCUGUGUUUCAGACAGAUGUACUUGAACAUGACAAUUAAGUCAGUGAGCUAAAAGUAGAAUCUCACACCUUUCGUGUUCACAAUUGUGGCUAAAUUCGUGUUAUGUUUUCAGUUUCUGUGUUUUGUACAUACAAAGAUGCACGCAAACAUGCUGCAAACAGCAACUGACUUUGAUUUGAACGGCACGCCUUUUUGUUUCAGGGUGGGUUAUGAUUGGCUGUUCCAUCACCACAACACAAUGUAAAGUGGGUCAAAGAACCCAACGCAAUUAACAGCAGUGGAGUCUGCCAGAUGAAACUUCCAGUCAAGCUUUGCAACACAUUUUUGGUGCAAACACAUGCAGUCACACGGUUGAUUUCUGGAAAUGAUUUUGUUUUUUUUGUAUGAAUAUAGCUGAAACAGUUCGGGCUGUUUGACUUCCAUCUGAAGGGACUCGGUUGAUGCUUAGAAUUUGUUUCACGCCAGAUUUCUGAACAUACUUUGUGCCAUGUUUGAAAUCGAUUUUUCAUGUGUUGAUUUGUAAUGCCUAUCACGGGAUGUACAGUAUCUUUUCACUUCUUUUUUUUUUUGCUGAAACUUUCACUUUUGAUUUCUCCCUUGUGAUCUAUGCAAAACAUGCUGUGGUGUCCCCUGUUUGAAGUUGAAAGAUGAUGUGGAUUUAAUGUGUAAAUACUGUAAAAAGUAUUGGGUCAAACAUGCAGAUGGUAUGUGAAAUAACCAACAAGACAGAAUGAAAUCAUGCUAAAAAAAGAAAUGUAAUGAUGAAUGUUGUCAGAAAUAUUUUUCUAUGUUUUGAAAUCAUUAGGAAAAAAAGGACAAAAAUACAAAGUGGGAAAAGCUGUCAGAAGAACACUACAAAGGGAAUGUUUUUAUUAAUUUAUAAAUUCUUUGCCUAGCAA